CAGGAUAUGAUCCUUUGUAUUUGUGUUUAUUCAUUUAUCAGUAAAACAUUACAUCUGAAAAUAAGUGCAGCUCAAACUCGCAGAUAACAUUUAUGUAAUCAACAGAUAUUGAAAGAUUCAGGAAUCCAGCAAAAAUUUCAUAUUCCUGUUACCUUCAUCAUCAACUGCUAUAAUAAGAAAUGAAUGAAUCAGAACAUAUAAGGUCCUAUCUUAAAAUUCAUCCAACGUUGACAUUGACAUGGUGAAAAGCUCUGCAGUACAACACACACUGUGACAGUUCACCUUUGAAAUCACUUCAUCACGAAGCUACUCAGAUACCUAAACAGUUUAUAUAGAGUGUCUAAAACACAACUACUCUAUCUCUGAGCAGCUUCCUUAGAUGGGAUAGAAUAUUUGUAAUAACAAAGUUUAUUUCAAAUUCUUGCCUGAGGGCUAAUUGUAGGUAACAUGAGAGAUACAGACAAGGUAAAAAAAACAAUAUCAAGGGUGUCUACUCUAGUCUAAAACAAGGAAAAGCUAGGUCCUGGGUUAUUGGGUUCGACUUCUUUUUCGAAGACAGUGGAAGACAAAAGAUCCCAUGAUAUAGAACAAUAUAUUACUAACAGUGUACCCUGCUUCUUUGUUUAAUCAGUCAUGCUUCAGGUCUGAUAAUUUUCUAGUCCACCCUCUGUGUUUCGAUAGACUUUGGAAAACCAAAUAUCUGUUAUGAUAACAGCCAUACAAUCAUGAUGUCCAUUUAAUGCAAGUUUCCAUUUUAUCAGCUUGAUUAUAUGCUGUGUUAUUGCAAUUCAAAUUACAUAUGUGGGUAAACACAAUACUGAAAAAGGCUGGGAUCAUAACAGUGUUACUGAGAGCAUACAAUUUUGUACAUACAGUAGUUCAUGGUAUAAAGUAGAUAUGAGAUGUAAAAUGGCUGCUUACUACAUUACCUUAUUGAUACAACAUAUAUAAGAUAAUUUUCAAAUUUCUCAUUUGAACUUACAAAUGUCUACUUAAGUAGCUGUGACUGCCCAUACAUCUGUAUUAGUAGAUUUUCACUAGCUGUUUUACAUUUGCACAAGCUUAUAAAGUUAUUAUUUGGACUUUGGUUGGUUCAUAAAUAACCUUUCUAUGUAGAAACAUUAGUACUAUUGUGCUACAUCAUACGGUUCAUGUCCACUGUCAGCUCACACAAACAUGCAAGAACAAUUAAUCUAAUGACUUAUAGCAACAACAACACAGAAAUAUAUCAGCUCUGAUGAACAUGAUUGAUAUAAAGGCUCUGUUUUUUCCUUGUUCUUUAGAUGCUUAGUGUUAUAUAGUCUUUAUACGCACAAAAAAUGCACAUUUGUCUUGUCACCUUUUGACAAUAAAGACCAGUUACACAACAUAGAAUAUGAAUUUUCCUCUGUAGAAUUUCAUACGUUUAUACCAGUUUGACACACACCUGAUACAACACAUCACCCUUCAGAAAGUGAGUCCUAGCAAGGAGGUUAUAUCUCAUAUGUUGAUAAAACUUCCUUCCUAGAUAUCAACAUACCUGGUAAGUGUUGCCCCACACAGUCACAGUGUAAUUGUACUGUACACUGACAACAAUUAUUCAAACAAACACACACAUACACGCACGCACACACACAAACAUGCACGCAUGUGUUCAUGCACAUAAUUACACAAAUUGACACAAAUGCACACAAACUCAUACACAAAUACACAGACACAUGCACAUCUCUAUUAACAUUUGCAUUAGAAAUAAAAACACUUGGAUACUUGAUAAUUAGACAAGUAUGGAAUUAGGUUUAUUCAAGGUUUAUCAUUGUCAAAAUAAUUGGGAAAAAAUUUUCCCCUCCAUUUUAGAAAAGUUAUCUUAACUUAGCUAAGUCCAAGUUUCAUACAAGUGACACAAGAACUCAAAAUUAAUAAAAAUUAACACUUAAAUGAUAAGAAAGGAUGACUGUUUGAAACUUUGCUCACUCCUAAAAUUCCAAGUAUAAAAGAGAAUAAGAACUUUUGGGCUAACAUUGUCAUGCGACCCGAAAAGGUUGAAGAGAAUCUGCUUCAUCUACAAUGUAUACUAUACUUCCUACACUAGAUCUAUAUUAUUAUAAUAGUUACAAGCUGUCACUCAGCAUACUUGUGACACUGAAAGACACCAUACUCUGGAUGACUAUCAUGUAGAUUGGUAAGUAACUGACAUAAAAACUUAUUAAUUUAGGUGUAUCAUAAUGGAACUUUGUAACACACGUGUACUUACUAUUAUUAAAUAAUGUUUUACCUUUGUUAUUUUUUACAGUCGGCCUGCUGGCCUUCACAAGGCUCAGCGGAUCGGUGCUCUAGUAAAAAUUGGACAAAUUAGAGCUUACAGUGCACUAGGGAAGUCGGCCGGCCAGAGGACUUACUUCCUCAUUUCAACAUUCCUAGGCCAAUUAUUAAGGUCCUACUACUAGGCUUUAGUUAUUCCUAACUCGGCCAAAGUCACCUAUUUCCCCAUUUCUAUUCGGCCAGGCGAGAGUCUGGUAAAGACAGCUGUCUGUCCGGACCGUCAGUAACUAAUCAGGGCGGGCCGGUUUAUAGUAAUCGGAUGACACCCUGGCUACUUUCCCUUCCCUCUAUUAUUUAUAUCUAAUGUUUAAUAUCUAAUGCGAUUCCUCUUUUGAAGUCGGGGACCGGGUUUGUUUGUUUGUUUGUUUGAUUGGGAUCUCCAUUACUUUAAGUGAUAAUCGUUCGACGACUUUUGCAGCGUCUGCUGCGUCAUGGAAUAAUUUUGGCGAGCACAAAUGCGCGAUCUGCAACGUAGGCUAAUAUCACUAUCCCCGGACACUUUCCGGCAUAGAGAACCUUAGCCCACAUUCCAGAUCGCGCAUUUGUGCCCUCCAAAAAAUACCAAUUGAAGUCUGCGAAUGAGGCUAACCUCUGGGGCCCUGGCGGAUCCCAGUUUUAUCAACUGGGGAUCUUGGGGGUCGCAGCGCGGACACGGCCAGCUGAUUGGCUGACAGGAAGUGUCAAUUGAAGAAAGCGCGCGGUUUACAGUCACAUCGCCCAGAUGGUUUGCACCCUGCGCUGAACGGCUAUCAACGAAGAACGCUCUGUAUCCAACAUGUCAGACUUUUCAGCGAAUGUUCCUAACCCCAACCCUGUGAUGACCGUACAACAAUCUUCGACACCUGGUUUCAACAACAGUGAUCUCGACACGGAUCAUUCCACGCUACCUGCCCAAGUACCAAAGAAACGAAGAAAAAACUUUACGGCAGAAGAGGUGGCUAUCCUGAAUGAUCUGUGGGGCAAAGGGAUGACCGAGGCCCGGUCAACAGGGGCCCAGAGACUGGUAGAGCAGGCUGCCGCACUCACUCACAGCACUACAACGGAGAUAAAGACAUGGGUCCACAAUAAGAGGAAGAACUUGCAGAAGGCAGGUGGCAACGCACGACCCAAACGAGUGCGACCAACCAAGAGGAAGAAAUCUGCUCAAAAUGUCUAUUUGAGUCAGAGGCUAGCAGAGGGAGCAACAUUAACUGCGGCUCAGCAGGAGUACAGGGAGAUCAAGGCUGAGAAUGGGGAUAGGCUGCGGCUGCUGCAGGCAGAGGCCAAACAGGCCAAGCCUGUAACCCUUGAAGACCUGUCGACAAAAGACAAGAGGCUGGAAGCCAAGACUCUGAUUAAGAAGUUACAAGACCUGGCACACGAGUUUGAGACCUGCAAUAUGGAGGUUGCUGUGCUGCUGUUCAGCAAAGACCACCCAGGAGUGGGCUGUAUUGGAACCAGAAAAGGGAAACAGUUCCUUAUAGACCAAGAGCCCCACACUGCUUUAUCUUUACAAUUUGCCAAAGCCAUGAAUGAUGGAAAGGUCCCAGAAGCGGCUAACAACACAUGUACACUAGACCUGGCAAAGGAAGUCAGAGCCAUGCUCAGUGAGAAGUAUGAGGCCCUGACAGGCGACAAACGAGGGUUUCCAUACCAAAGGUUUAGCCUGAAGGAUGGAAGCAUCACCGUGCACUGGAUUCCUGAGGGCAUAAGCAUCGACCACAUUGCAUCCAUUCGUAAGGACCAGCUGGAAGCACUCCUUCAGGAAAAGGACAACAUAACAGUUGAAAUUCACAGCACACCGAACCCACAUGCUCCUGAUCCCAGCAGUUCAGCCGCAGGCACAUCAAUGGGUGAGUCCCAGCUGCAGGAGACAAACUCCACCUCCAUGGAUAUGGCAGUGGCUACAACAGGUCCCGCAACCAGCAGGAUGGAGGAGUCCAUGGAGAUGGAUACAGAGACAGGAACUGGUGGAGUGGAUGAGGAAGUGUCAGAGAACACUAAUCCUGCAGGACCAGGUACUGAAUGCAUGGAGCUGUUGCUGAACUUGGAAAGAAAGAUUUCUGAGAAAGUGACACAGCAGCAGACAGAAGACAGUGAAGGAGAGGAGAACAUUUCACAGAGUGACAAAAGGAAGACUAAAGGAAGAAAGGGCAAGGGGAAGGGCGAGGGGAAGAGCAAGGGGAAGGGCGAGGGCAAGGGGAAGGGCAAGGGGAAGGGCGAGUUGAAGGGCAAGGGGAAGGGCGAGUUGAAGGGCAAGGGGAAGGGCAAGGGGAAGGGCGAGUUGAAGGGCAAGGGGAAGGGCGAGUUGAAGGGCAAGGGGAAGAGCAAGGGGAAGAGUAAAGAGAGCAGCGAGUAUUAUUUUGUAGAGAAAAUUAUGGACACACGCAUGAAAGAAGGUGAGAUCCAAUUCUAUGUCAAAUGGCAGGACUAUCCUGAAAAGGAUAACACAUGGGAGCCAUGGUACAAUAUUCCCUCGGAAGUCAGACAGAAUCUCUGCCAGUACUAG